GAAUAGAUAGUGUGCUAAUAAAAUUGGCGGUUUUGCAAAAAUUUUCUGAUUCUUACUAUAUUCAUUACCACUUUUUCUUGAAUCUGAUUUACUAGAGUAUAUUAUUUUAAUAACAAUUACCAUCUUUAUUUUUAUAAUAAUAAUUCAAUUAUUUUAUAACCUUAAAAAAUUAUUUUAUUAGCUUAUCAUCUCAAUCAUAAAGCUCUAUACACUCCUGUUUGUGCGACGUUGCCAAAAAACAGUACCCAUAAAUUGACGUUGUGGAUUUCCUCAAGUUCCAAGCACUAAAUGUGAUUUCACAUUCUUUUCUUCAGACGUCCAUAAGACUUUGGUUGUAGAAAUUUUAGCAAACUCUAUAUCAAUUGUCACCAGCCAUACUAUAUUGUGCUAUAUAUUGUAUGUCGUUGUAUGGAGUUUAGAUUACUAUAAGUGUUUAUAUCAUCGUAAAUAUUGACUUUAUACAUAUUUAUGCUAUAUUUAAUACGGUUCGCAAUUUAAAAAAAUAUAAUUAGAUUGAUACCAAAGAUGACAAAAACACAUGAAAAAUAAUUGACGAGUAAAAGUCCUUGAAAAUUUUAUCAUUUAUUAUCUAUGACUAAUUUUCAAAUAAAAAAGUAGUUUACAAAAAAGGUAACUGCACAAUAACAUGAAAUUGAAUAAAGAGUAUUAAUUUAUAGAAAUUAAAUACGAAAAAGUAAUCAAGAAAUUAAUCGAUUGUAUAAAAAAUGAUUAACUCGUCAAAAAUAAACAGUAAUCAAGUGCCAAAUAGCAAAACAUUGAAUAAAAAUCAAAGUCAAAUAAAUUUAAAGCAUAAAAAUAAAGACAAUUCAAGUUCCAAUGAAACCAACAUUGAUAAUCAUAAUAAAAUGAAUAUUAAAGAUGAAACAAUUGAAAUUUCUGAUAGUGAUUCAGAAAGUAUAAAAUGUAUUGUAUGCAAUGAACAAUUUUACGAAAAAUUACAUUUACGUGAGCAUCUCAUAUCAUCGCAUCCAGAAUUACCUGAUUUAAUUGUUUGCGAUUUAUGUAAUGAAAGUUUUUUAAAUGAAGACGAAUUACGUGAUCAUGUUUCAAAUGAUCAUGAUAAUAAUGUCAAUUCAAAAAAAGAUAUUCUUCAACAAAUCUCCAGCCACAGUAAAGGUAAGCCAAAAAAAUUAAAACAUCGUAGGCUGUUUUAUUUAAAAAAGUAUUUACAAAUAACCAAUAAAUUAUUCGGUAAAUUGGAUAAUAAAACAGUUAUAAGAACCUCUCAAAGAAAAAUUGCCAGAAGGAAAUGGAUGAGAGAACAAUUGGAAUCAAGUAAAGAUAAUGGCAAUUCCACUAAUUCUCAUAACGAAAGCGUAAUUGAUUCAGAAAAAAAUAAUUUACAAUAUCCUACAUCAACAGUUGAAAUCGAAGAAAGUUCUGAACAUGUAGAUUUUUUAGACCAAAAUCAUGACGAAUCUAAUUCUUCCAGUAAAUCACAAAAACAUUCGAAUGAUAAUUAUAAUAACUGUGAUAAUAAUUCAGAACUUUUACAAGAAACUGUUGCAGACUCAUCAGUUUCCAAUCAAUCUGCUUUUAAUGAAUUUCAAGAAUUAACAACUGAAAAUAGUAGUCUUGCAUCUACUAAAGAAAAUUCUGAAGCUGAAUUAACUACUGAAUUUAUUAGUAUUGGUGAUGGUAAUGUUGAUAAAAUUAUAAUUGAUGAUGAUUCAUUUGAAUAUAAUGUUGAAAAUAAUCCAUCUGUAAAAAACGAUAAUUGUAAUGAAAUUACGAACAAUUCGAAUAAGGGCUCAAGUGAUAUUAUUAGUACUACAUGUUAUGCUAUGUCGAAUAGCAACCAUGAAUUAGCAAAAAAAAUAACAAAUAAUGAAGGAAAAAUGCCCAAAAUUUCUACACCAAAUAAGUCAACCAUGUGUAGAACAUAUCUAGAUAAAUUUGCUACUCCAAUUGUACAAAAACCAACAACAACUAACGUAAAAAGUAAUGAAGUAAGAAGCGCAGUUUAUUGUUAUAUGUGUAAUGAAAUAUUUUGUUUGAUGGACCAAAAAUGUAUGAAAGUUACUGAAGGAGAUAAAGAACUGAUUAAAUGUUUGUUUUGUAAUCGUAAAUUUGCAAUGAAAACAACUCUAGAAAAGCAUGUAGCUUACUCUCAUUUAAAUUGUGAAUGUAUUAAAAAUUUAAAACCCGUUAAAACAUUUUCAACAACUGAUCAAAAUUUUGAUCAAGGAAAUGGAGUCGUUAAUUCGAAUUAUGAGUGUUCAAUUUGUCAUAAAACAUUUCUUUAUUAUAGUAGAUUUAAUUAUCAUGUUCUCAAUGCUCAUGAAAUAACGUCAACUUUUAAAGAGCGAUUAACCAUUGGUAAACCUGAAUAUUUAAGACGUUUAUCUACUACAAACUUUUUAUGUAAAGCAUCAAAUAACGAAGAGUCAGCACCAUUAAAAAGUACAACAAAGAAUAGAAAUACACCAAUAAGAUGUAUGAGUUGUGAAUUAGUUUUCAAUUCAUGUAAAGAUUACGUUGAUCAUAUUAAAAAGACUCAUAAAGAUGUUAAACCUAUUGAAGAAAGUUCGUGGUAUCCAUUUCCUGAACCAAACCCUGAAGUAUUAACUUCUUCAUUAAGACUCUUACAAAAUUUAAGAGGUAAAAGCUUUAUAUCAGAAAAUAACACAGAAAAAAAUUUUCAUGAAUUACGAAAGACCUGUAAACGAUGCAACAGAGAAUUCGAUUCAAUCAGAGAAUUAAGUAAACAUUUUUAUUUAGUUCAUGAGGAUCCUAGUGAUAGUCAACCUCCCCGUACUUCAACACCAACUCCUACCACAUCUACUGUCACAACUCUUACCACUACUGUUUCUGGAGAGAGACGUACACAUGAUUGGUUUUGUUUACAUUGUUCUCAACGAUUUAAAAUGUUACAAAGCUAUAUUCGUCAUAGAUAUUUUGUCCAUGAUGAUGAGUCGAUGGUACACAUCUGUGAAAACUGUUGUAAAAUUUUAACGUCUUUAGAAAUGGUUAAUCUUCAUGUGUGUUCAAAUGUUACAUCUUGGACAUGUAAACAGUGUAAUGAAUCAUUUCCAUCUAGUAUUGCUCUUCGGCUUCAUAAUACUGAAAAACAUUACGAAUUACCAGGACCACAUAUUUGUCCAACGUGUGAAAAAAAAUUUUUAACAAAAACAAUGUUAUUAAGACAUGUACAAAAUAAGAAUUGCUAUCCCCAUAUUUGUCCACCGGAACCAUCAGAUAUUGCGGUAGAAAAUUCUACUGUAAACAUUGAUAGUUUGAAAAUAACUAAAAAUGCAUCUAAUUAUUCAAAAUUAGCAGAAAGUAAACAAUCCAAGGAAAUAACGAGUAUUAAGAAUUUUACAAAUAUCGAAGUUCUUCAAGAAGAUGUGCUGCUGCGUAAAUCUACUCUAGAAGAGGGAAAAGAAGAAUCAGAAGAUGAAGAUAUUUCAAAAUAUCUUAAAUUUCAUACGAAAGAAAAAAAAUCGGAAGAUGACAAAAUUUAUCAAUGCAGUAUGUGUAAGUUGUACUUUUUGUCAAAAUCAGGAUUAAAGCUUCAUAUCAAUCGAGCUCAUACUUCAGCUGUUGAAAUUUGUCAGCUUUGCUAUCGGAUGUAUGAUACGGGGAAUCUCGUGAGACAUAUUAUCGAUCAACAUCUCAAAACUAAUAAGACUAAUGAACCUAAAGGAGUUAAUAAUUCUGAAACGAAAGAAAAUGAUAUUGAGAAGGAUACAGAAGAGCUUAUCAAAUUAUUGGGAACAAAACAUUUAUUAGCUCUUUGUGAGUAUCAAAGACAUUUAGAAUUAAACUUUAAUCUUAUUGCUUGUCCAAGAUGUUCAUCAGCCUUCGAAACUUCUGAACAAUAUCGAUUACAUAAUGCUAAUGUACAUGAUAAAUUGUGUGCACUCUGUGAUGCACAUUUUAACACUGGUUCAGAAGCUGCAAAUCAUAAAUCCACAGUUCAUGGGUCAAUUCCUUGUUACGUUUGGUUUGCUCAUAAGAUUAUUUUAGCAAUUGGUGAUACAAAAACAUUUGAAGAAACCGCAGAGAAAAUUAUUGUAGAAAAUAUGACUGGAAAUAAUGGAGAUGAAAAUGAUGAACAAUUAGAAGAGGAAAGUUUACCACUUGAAUCUGAAGAUGCAUGUAAUGAAGAUGCAGUUACAUCAAUUGAAGAUCAGAAUACGCAAGAUCAGAAUCAAGAGCAAAAAAUGAUUCUCACUGUGGAUCCAGAUGUCUCAGUAGACCCCUCAGAUGAAGAUGAUGAGUUAAGACUUUUUCUUGUUGUUACUGAGCAGGAUCUUGAAAAAUAUAAAAAUAAUCUAACACAACUUGCAACGCAAAUAAGUUCUGCGUGUAAUAUAUUCUCAACUGAAGAUAUUGAGAAAUUAUUGCAAUUAUAUGUCAAAAAUGAUUAAUUUUUUAUUUUUAGUAGAUAUUAAACAUUAAGUUUGAAUAGUUAUUUUAUUCUUUCAUUUACUUUUAUUUUUCAUUUUAUUUUACAAUGAAUUUGAGUUUUUGUAAUUACUUUCCUUAUUCUGAAAAAAAACUGUACAGUAAAUAUAAGCAUGUUUAAAUUGUACAAUAAGUUACGGUGGAAUUUUGUAAAUUAUAAAAUUGAUCUUUUUGUAAAGUAAAAAUAAUCCUUUCAUCAAACA